CAUUGAAGACUAACAGACCUACUCAAACAAUGAAACACCUUUUAGGGUAUCUGCUGUUGUUCGUCAGCUUCUUCAGCUGCUUCGAUUUCCUAGUCAGACCAGACUAUAGAAAUCAUGUGUGCAAGAGGCAAUGCAAUGGGCAGGUGAUGACUUGCAGCUACGAAUUCCAUUUCGAAUGGAUCUACACCAUGGAACCGAAUUGUUUUAAUUGCACUGUAAAUCCGAACGGAAACUACAACGAUUGCUGGAGACCCGAAUGCGUUCCCGCCGAUGGUGCAAAUCAUCUUGUGAGCAUCUUGAACAGGAUGAUGCCCGGACCACAGAUCGAAGUUUGCAUGGGAGACACUGUACUCGUCACUCUGUUCAAUGAUAUGCCUGAUGUGGCGACGACGAUCCAUUGGCACGGUAUGCACCAGAGGGAGAUGCCGUGGAUGGACGGAGUACCGUUCGUUUCGCAAUGUCCCAUUCAACCCAACAACAUAUUCCGAUACAGAUUCAAAGCCAAUCCCAGCGGCACUCACUGGUAUCACUCGCAUAUUGGUAAUCAAAGGGUCAACGGAGCUUACGGACCUCUGAUAGUGCGAAGACCGGACUUCGACAAUCCUCAUCGACAAUUGUACGACUUCGAUAGUUCCGAUCACGUCAUCUCCUUGAUGGAAAUGUACCGCGUUUCGCCGGACGAACUGUUCUACGAGGAUUACAGAUUGAAGCAGAUAAAUAAUAACAUGGUUUCUACAAUCCUUGUCAACAGAUUCGGUUACAACGAAUCGAACAGCGUUCCUCCAGCCAGGUUCCACGUGCGAAAGGGAUUCAGAUAUCGGUUCAGGGUUAUCCACGGGGGAUACAGAGUUUGCCCUAUCAGGGUUAAAAUUGAUAAUCACAAUAUGACCAUCAUCAGUUCAGACGGUGAAGAUAUCCAGCCUGUAACCGUGCAAACGUUCUACAUCAAUAAUGGAGAAAGGUACGACUUUGUGGUGACUGCCAACCAAAACGGGGACAGAUUUUGGAUGCGUUUCCUUGGUUUGAUGGAUUGCGAAAACAAGGAGGGUCGCGCUAUUCUCACUUACGACACGGUGCAAAAUGCUCCGGAGCCACAAACAUUGUCUUUACCCACCACCCAACCUGCACCUGACGGAUUGGUAAUGAACUGCAUCAAUACACCAAGUGGAGUGCCGGGCUGUCUGGAUAUGACCCAACUGAGAUCUAUCGUUCAAUCUCCUCGCCUCUGCGGAAGACCCGACUUCCGAUACUACUUUAGCUUCGAUACGUACAACUAUGCCCUUCCUGAAUUCGAAGGACCAGGUCAAGAAAAUGUAAUCACCACUCCAGUCGUCAACAACAUUUCCUUCAUAUUUCCUCACACUCCUCUUGUGCAAGAGUAUCAGCCGAAUAACUUCUGCAACAUCGAGAACCAACAGAACUGCCAAGGUCUUCCGAUCUGCCAGUGCACGCACGUGGUUUCCAUACCUCACGGCAGUUUGGUGGAGUUGGUUCUUGUGGAUGAAGGAACCGUUUUCGAUUUGUCCCAUCCCAUUCACUUGCACGGUUACCAAUUCGCUGUGGUAGGCCAGGACCGGCUCGGAACGUCCACUUCGACGUGGGACAUUAGACGUUUAGUCGAGAACAAUCUUGUGCAGACAAACUGCGAUCGUCCAAUCUUGAAGGACACAGUUUCGAUUCCGGACGGCGGUUACGUCAUAAUCAGAUUCAUCGCUGAUAAUCCAGGUUACUGGUUGUCGCAUUGCCACGUCGAACAUCACAUGGAGGUCGGAAUGGGCUUUGUUUUGCAGACCGGAAACCCUAAAUUUCCACCACAGGACUUCCCACGAUGCGGUGACUACUACGGCUAAAUCUAAAUGUGUUGCACGCAUUUGAUUUGAUUAUUGAAAUAAAAUAUAAUAAAUGUACAUUCUACUCGAA